AUGUCCGGAUAUUUCAAUGCUACAAAUGAUCCUAAUUUAUGUAAAUCAAUAAAUCGAACAACUAAUUUAUGCAAUCCAACUUAUCCACACAUCACCAGAUCUCCCAUCAUGACGAUUCCACCAAAUGACAGUCGAAUCGAUACAGAAACACAUACUAUUACACAAAUUUGUUUUUCAUUAGCAUUCUGUUCUACAUUGAUUCAUUUGGCAUUUAUUUUAUAUUUUAAACGUAUACGGCAACUUUAUGGUUUAUGUAUUAUGAUACAUUGUUUCUAUUAUGCAGCAUCUUAUUUCACUAUAUUACUGACAUGUUGUUCCCUAGCAAGAACUAAUCAUUUGAUUCAUUUAAUAUUUGGAUAUUUAGCUGAUUAUUGUAUAUUGACAACAAUUAUGAUGAAUUUAAAAUCAUCAGCCCUCAUUGUCUAUACAUUAUUAUCAAAUCGAUUAGGAAGAAAUGAAGGAGAUUAUUAUGAUUAUUAUCAUCAACUAUGUUAUUAUACUACUAAUAAUAAUAGUGUAUGUUUAUAUGGUAUGCGAAAAUUAUGUCAUAUUAUGGGAAAUCUACUCGUUUUCAGUGCACCAAUCUUAUGUAUUCUAUUAAGUUGGUGUUUAUUUGAACCAUAUCAUUAUAUUAGUGAAGAUCAUAAAGAAUUCGCUGUGAUCUCAUGUAAUCUCAUCCCGAAUUAUGGGCAUUUCUACAUAUUUUUCCCAAUCAUUCUGUUUUUGUUAUUCAUACAAUUUAUAUGUAUGUUACUGAUUACAAAAUUAGUUAUGACUCAAUAUCAAAGCACUGAGAAUACAACAACGAUGACGCUGAUGAUGACAACAACCACAACCACAACCGCAGCAUUAUGGAAAACAAGUCAUUUGAAUACACGUUAUUGGAUUACAUUGAAAUUCACACUGACACAUAGUUUAGUAUGGUUUAUAGCAUUUUUAGCAUUAAUACAAGCAUCAAUUACAUUAUGGCAUGUAUUUACAUUAUUGUAUAGUUUACAAGCAAUUUAUAUUACAGUGAAUUGUACAUUUACACGUCCUGUUUUAGAUUUGCUGUAUCAAUGGCAUGAAGAAAAAGUUGAUGAUUAUCAUCAUAAACAUGAACAGAAUUUAUUAAUGAAUAAUAAUCAUAUUCUGCCAGGAAAUCAAUUGAAUGAUGAAAGAAAACAUGGGGAGUACGGUAUCGUUCCUUUGUUUCGAGUUUGCGGUGCUAUGUAUGCCGAUGAGUUAAGCAACUCCGUGCAGUCCAUUGAUCUCCAAGACACUAGUGAGACGACUAAAGGAAGCCCUGAUGUGACAACAAACUCCGAAGAUUCAGAAGAAGCAUCCAUUCAGAAGUCAAUUAAAACUGAAGCACAACCUAUCUUGCCUCCAGGUUAUCAAAUAUCACAUUGUCUUGCAGAAGGUGGAAUUGGUCGAGUAUAUUUGAUUGUCAAUCCUGAUACUAAAGAUUGUUUAGCAGCUAAAGUAGUCAAUGUGUAUGCUCAAAGUAAACUACGUAGUAAUCAAAAAGUCGAAGUUAACAUAACACAAAUUCGAGCAGAUCUUCGUCAAGAAGCGGAAUUACAAAGACGUUUAAAACAUCCCAAUAUUGCUACGCUAUAUGGAAUCAGAAAUACUCCCACAUUCACAUUUAUGUUUAUGGAAUUAUUACCUGGUGGUGAAUUGUUUGAACGUAUUCCCAUUGGUGUAGGAUUACAUGUUCAACAGAUGUUUAUUUAUUAUGCACAGAUUUUAGAUGCAUUAAAUUAUCUUCAUAAUGAUCAACAUAUUGCACAUUUAGAUGUAAAACCAGAAAAUAUUAUGCUUACAAAAAAAGAUAAAGCAAAGUUGAUUGAUUUUGGAUGGGCUGUAGAUUUACGUAAACAAAAAUUUAUUCAUGGACCAGUUGGUACAACAAGUUAUGCUGCACCUGAAGUUUUUGGAAAAAAUCAUUACCUUGGACCACCGGCUGAUCUUUUCUCACUCGGUGUGACACUUCUCACAGCUGUCACUGGUCAACGUUGUUGGUCACGUGCCAGUUAUACAUCCGAUCCUGUAUAUCGUCAAUGGACCGAACAUAAAGAUUUGCAUACAGGUCCUGUGUUUUCCCGACUUCCUCCAGACUUGGCCAACUUCCUUACACGAGCCUUAGCUCAUCGUCCUUCUGAUCGUCUUACCGUUGAAUGCAUUAAAAAUCAUCCUUGGUAUCGUCUUGGUCUUGCCCGACGUUUAACUCCUGUCGCAUCACCACGAGACAGACAAGACUCAGGUGUAUCUGUAAAUUCUGAUGUACCAGACAGAGACCGUACCAACACAUCACGCAGUACUUAUCAAACAGAUGCGCCAGUACCUUCAUCUCAGCCUAUCCCAGUAUGUCAUGCUCAAUUAGAUUCAAUUAUAAAUGAUCUUCAAUUAUCUCAACCAGUGGAUACAGAUAGUAUGUUAAUGGCAUCUCAAAUGGUUGGAAAUAUUGACUAUGUUAAAGAUCGUUUAGGAUUUUCAUGUCUUAUGCGUCGUAUGACUCGAUUCUUUUCAGCACUCACUUCAGUUGAGCAUACAAUGGAAGUAAUACGAGCUGUGGUUGUUCAACGAAGACAUUUACGAGCAACAAUUAAAGGAUCAAAUAAUUUAUUGGUGGAUAUCAAAACACCUGAACAUCCAGCAACAGCUUUUCGAGUAUUACUCUAUCCAUUGGCUGGUUCAAUUCUUGUAGAUUGUCGUCGUGUUUCCGGUGAUGGUUUGCUAUUUCAUCAAACUUAUACAGCAAUCUAUACAGAUCUUUCAGCUAUGGGUGCAGUCAAUAUAACACAUCCUUAUUUACAUAUUCUAUUACCGGAAAGACCUACACCUGAUUCGAAUAAUUCCGAUUCAAAUAAUAAUAAUAAUAGUAGUUGCAUAACAGAAAAUUCAUCAGUAGUCUAUAAUAAUAAUAAUAAAAAUAAUAACGAAUUGACUCCAGUAGCAAUGGAAAUAUAG